GAAUUAAAAAUCCAGAAAAUUUGUGAGUAAACUGUAAAGCCCAGCAGAAGCAGAAAGAAGGGAAGAAGCAGAAGCAGCAAGAAAAAUAGAAUGUUUCCAAAUUCACCGCUUCUCCUACUCGUCUUCCUCUCUAUCACUCUUCAAACCCUAGGGUUUCCAACGAUUGGUGGAAGUGGCGGAACUCAGAAAGGGAUUGACCGCAGAUUUCUGCUGAGUUUCAGAGAAACCCCUCGUGGAAGUAACGCUACCUAUAAUUGCGAUCCUUCCGGUCUCUGCGUUCCCUGCCUCUACUCUGAAAAGAAUGAUGUAAAAUAUCGAUGCAGUGAGACUGGUUAUCGUAUUCCUUUUAAGUGCUUAGAAAUUGAAGAUAAUUCAAAGGACACAAAUGUUAAAAGUCCUCAUAACAGCCGAUCUACUCUGGAAACCUCUGACAACGAUCCAAAAUUAGAUGGAGUAUUGCCUGAUGCUGGAGAGCUUACCAGUUCAAUGAGACAUAGGGGUUUACUGGUUGACCCAUCAGCAGUAAAGAGUGGACUGCAAGCUUAUAUUACUUAUAGAAGCUGUAUGGUACCUGUUAGCGAAGAGAAGUUAUCAGUUCUUGGGUUUGAGGGGAUUGUGCUGUGUUUAUUUCUCAUUGGCAGUUCAGUUGUAUACUUCAGAAGAAAGCGGACUACUGCCAUGACAAGUUUUGGAGGAGGGAGGAUCCAGACCAACUCUAGGUUUUAAUUCAGAUACAUUUGGUCUGGGAAGGUUCGAGAUUCUGGUUCAUCAUAUGUGUAAGAUAUGUAUGGAACUUCGGAUGACAUGGGAUAAUGAAAUUCUUGUAUCGUUGGGAAGGAUAAAUAUGGAAGACCUGUAAACCGGUGCAAAUUAAUAUAUAUAUAUAUAUAGAAUAAAAAGAAGGGUGCAUUUAUCUGUAUAUAUAUUUACUACACGACUUGUUAAAAUCUGGGUGAUUCUCUUCAACAUGUUAGCAUUUGGAUUUUGGACAAGAGAGAAUGCAUCAUUAAUAUCAUUAUUAUUCUGUUUC